UACGCUAACGAGUAGAUAACAGAAACAGCUGCAUAGUACAUACUGUUAAUUUGGCUAAGUUUUAAAGUGCACGAGACACGAAGCGCUUGGAAGUUGGAACUAUGGAGCGCUUGAACUAUGGAACUAUCCAAGCGCCGCUUGGAUCCGAUGGAGAGAAUCUGAUGAAGAUCAGAAUCUCGCAUCCCUAUUGAUUUGUACGCCACUGUUAAUCCGGAAAAGCUGGGGAAACGAUCAACGUUGACGGUGAAAAAGCUGAAGAUACAGACUAAUCCAGCAAUAUUGCAGUACAUUACGGAUCCGCUUCCAUCUCAGCCCGAAUCCAACGAAGUACCAGUUCCUCUGCCCCCAGGAAAUGAAUUCUUCUGUUCCCCAUUCGCCUUCCACUUGCCCGACUGGUGCUGCGGACGACGCUUCACCGACCGCGGGUGAUAUUGCCAGGGACGGCCCUCUGCCCGUGCCGAAUGCGUCGAUUCCGGUCGAACAGGACACCCGGAUGCAGGGAGUUGCGACGGCGCCGGCAGCCCACUGGCCCGCCGCUGAACGCAGCCUCCCGCCACUGCUGCACGUCGGGUACUGCCGUGAGGCCGUCUGCAGUGAGCCCCGUUGUGGCAAGAUGAAGCGCCUCGUCUCCCACAUCAAGACCUGCACACAUAAGCCCAGAACGCAGUGUCCGCUCUGCCGGCCGCUGGUCACGCUGUGCUGCUACCACGCCAAGCAGUGCAAUGACGGUCAAUGUCUUGUGCCUUUCUGCCAAGUGAUCCGCGCCGGAUGGGAAAAGCCGCGCACGCGCCAGCAAGAGGUCGUGAAACUUCACGGCCAGGUUCUUCCGCCGUCGGCGGAAGGUGUGCCGGCGCGCUCGGCACCGCGGGCGACCAGCUCUCCGCUGGACAAUCAUCCGCAGUUCGUGCCCCAUCAGGUGGCCGUCAAGAAGUGGCAUCAGGUGGUGGUAGACCGCGACGAACAGGCCAGUACGGAUUCUUUACGCAAGCAUCUCAUCGAAAAACUUGUGGAGGCCAUAUUCCCGUACAAGGACCGGUGGGCGGCGCUUGAGAAACGCAUGACGAACAUCGUCUCCUACGCCCACAAAGUGGAGGCGAACAUGUACGAACAGGCCAACUCCCGCGAAGAAUACUACGAGCAUCUGGCCGAGAAGAUCUACAAAAUCAAGACGGUUAUGGAGGAUCAACGCCGGCAGCGCCGGGAGCAGCUGCGCGUCCACUCCGGCCAGGUUGGUCUCCAGGCCGGCGUGCCUUUUCCCGGGAACGCCGGGCAGAUGCGGAUGGGUCGCUCGGGGGCGGACGGGAUGGCCCCGCCCGGUACGCAGCUGCAGCUGUACAUUGCUCUGCAUAGCUGUGCAGCUGUGCAUUUGAUGCAGGAGCAUUCCGAACUCAUUUUGCUAGCAGAAAUUUUUUUGUGGGCGGCGGAAUUAUUUCAAUGGCUGUUUCCUUACGGUUAAUAAUUACCGCUGUACAAUUGUCAUAAAUUAAACUGUUUUGGCAUAUGGAUAAUGGCAUUAGUCACUAGAACGUAUAUCUAAUGUUACUUACAUAAUUUCAGCCGAAUGAACGCAAUGAUGUAGUGCACUGAAU